CCGUCCGGAUUUCUCAUUCCUUUCCUUUUGUUUUUUUUUUGAAGUUUUUUUCCAUUAAUACAUUCAUAAAGAACUGGCAGAAUAGAAUGGACGCCUAUCUCACACAAUUUUCUGAAAUAUUCUCUACUCUUCCCGCCGGCUAUCUUCCCCGCUGGCUUUUGUUCACUUCAAGCUUAGGCAUCUUCAAUUCCAUUCAAAACUUCUGUACCAGUUCUCUAACAAAGCGCGUCUAUGCUAAUAAGCCUGAAGAAGUGACUCCAUUAAGUGGCCGUCUUUUUGCUACCUGGACUUGGUCUGUGAGUAUGAUUCGUAUUUACGCUGCUUUCCACCUUCAACAUAAAUUCAUGUAUGAUCUUGGUAUUUGGACAUAUGUCAUUGCUUUGUCUCACUAUGUCGCUGAGUUGCUUGUUUUCCGUGGAUGUAAAUUGAAUGGACCUUUCAUGUCACCUAUGGUAGUUGCAGUUACUUCUCUCGUUUGGCUUUAUAUGGCUAAAGAUCAAUACGUCAAAUAUCCUUAGAUUUUUUUUAGACUUAAUCUCAUCCACCGUUUUCUCACUUAUGUCUCAUUUACUAAGCAUUGAAAAUUAUUGUAAAAGACGAUAAACUGGAAGAUCAAAAAAGAAGCUAUUUCAUUUCGAAUUUGAAAACAAUCUACAACAUGAAGUGAGAUAAAAAGAUGAAAAAGAGGGCAGCCAUGUUGAUAGAUACUUUUGCCUCAUUUAAAUCAGCUUAUAUAGAGGGGAUAUAGUGGCAAGCAAUCCAUUCUGGAGUUUUUAAGGAAAUGUAAAACCUUGUAGUUGAUCUCUAAUGAUACAACUAUUGUAAAAGAUCUGUAGAAUAAGGAUUGCUCGUAUUCUGCGACGUCACUAGCAUAGAGUUACCAGCUGCUGCAUUAUAACUCCAAUCGUUAAAAGGCGUAUUCAAUGUUUCUUGUGGCAUCUGUUGUUGCUGUUGCUGUUGCUGUUGCUGGAACUGUAAUAGGUGUUGCUGCUGUUCUUGCUGUUGAGCUUCU